UCACUACAAAGACGUAUUCAUCAGCACCAUUGCUUUGCUGUAAGAAUGUGCUUAGAGAAUUAACCUAUUUGUCAAUUUCUUUUUUUGUGAAUGACAUUACAUUAGGCAUCUAAUAUCUAAAUAUAUGUCAAAAUAUAUACAGCUUGUUGAUAAGGCAAUCUUGACGAUUUAUAUAUCCAAGCUACCAUCAAAAUGGGCUAUUACGAAAGUAGCUUCUACGGCUUACUUGCCUUAUGUACAUGCCUGCUUGUUUCUCAGCCUACUCGGCGAGGCCAGUUGAAAAAACAGACUGACGACUCGUACAAGCCGGCAACACGAGAUGACAGACACCCUGAGGGUUACUGGUACAAGGUCUACGCCCUCGUCAUGGGCGCUGACUGGCUUCAAGGACCGUACUUAUAUUCAUUAUAUCGCGAUGAGCAUGGACUUUCAGAGCGUUUAGUGUCGACUCUCUUCGCCACAGGUUUCCUGUCCGGCGCUAUUAGUGCCUACUUUGUUGGCGCUCUGGCUGAUAAACAGGGCCGGAAAGCUGUCUGCAUGACCUUUUGCCUGCUUUAUGCUAUGUCUUGCGUGUUCACCGUCGUUCCGGUUGUCCCUUUGCUUUUCCUAGGCAGGAUCCUCGGUGGUAUCAGCACAAGCAUCCUGUUCAGCGUCUUCGACAGCUGGAUGGUAACUAACUUCCGAAAGAAUAAACUCGUUGAACAUGGGUGCGACCUAUCUAGGACAUAUGCCACAACCAGCAUUGUUAAUAGCCUCACAGCCAUUGUGAGUGGUGUCACAAGCGAGUGGUUAGUUAACGUUACUGGUACCAAAAAGGCCCCCUUUCUGCUUAGUGCUGCUUUACUAUGGUGUGCUCUCCAGCUCAUCUGGGCUCAUUGGGUUGAAAACUAUGGUGAAAAGGCAUCGACGUCAGAAGGCGCUUCCAAAAAACCUUCUAACCUUUGGGCAACGUUGAAGAGGCCGUCGAUUUUAGCUCUCGGUUUUGCAUCUACUAUGUUUGAGGGGUCUAUGUACCUAUUCGUCUUCUUCUGGACACCCACCAUGAAAUCUGUUCAGAAGUCUGCCGGGGAGCUUCCAUACGGGUUUAUAUUCGCCAGCUUCAUGGCAUCCUCAAUGGCAGCUGCGUUGAUCUUCAACAUUGCCAUGCAGAGGCGGCCAGUCAAAUAUUCCCGACUUCUCAUCGGCAUCUUAUUGACUGCAAACUUUUGCUUUGUCAAGCUGGCUGGCCCUAAGACUGAGGAUGCCACUUUCUGGCUCUUUUGCCUUUUCGAAGCAUGUGUUGGUAUUUAUUGGCCCUGUACCGGCUAUCUGAAGGGCCGCCUUGUGGAGGACGAUGUCCGCGCCAAAGUUUACAGCAUUCUUCGAAUUCCGUUGAAUAUAUUUGUCGUGUCAUUCCUCUUCCUUGCGGGGGAUAGCAAACAGUUCGCGAAAGUCUUUGGAGCAUGUUCCAUGUUCUUGACAGCGUCUUUCGGUGCGGUCUGGGCCGCUAGCAUGAAAGAGAGCAUGCCUUAGGAUCGGGAGUUAUGAGCAGGUACCUAUGCUGGUAUCAAUCGCUUUCAAUCAUAUCAUCAGUUCGAAAGGAGACACAGCGAUCAUCGGCCUAAACUUGCAGCAGUACAGAUAACAAUUCAGAUAUUAAACUCAUCUCACACUUCCAAGUGCGCGUGUAGGAAAUACAUCUAGACGUCACUAUGCCGCAUAUCAGGACUGAGCAAUGUCAUACCUUAGCCAUAUCAAGCUUC